AAUUCAUCACUUCGCUUUACACAUUCCCGUAUCAUCAAAGCACAUAUCUCUGUUCCUAGAACAGAUAGCAAAAUCUUCCUUCCCGGAGCACGUAACAACACCGAUCUCAAAUGGCAAAAUCGCCCGAACAAGAGCAUCCCGUGAAGGCCUUCGGCUGGGCUGCCCGGGACACCUCCGGCCAUCUUUCUCCUUUCCAAUUCUCUCGAAGGGCAACAGGAGAGAAUGAUGUUACCUUCAAGGUGUUGUACUGUGGGAUAUGCCACUCCGACCUCCAUAGCAUUAGAAACGAAUGGGGAGAUGCCAUGUAUCCUAUGGUGCCAGGGCACGAGAUCGUGGGAGUGGUGGAAGAAGUAGGCUCCAAGGUGACGAAGUUUAAGGCUGGUGACAGGGUUGGUGUUGGGUGCUUGGUCGGGUCAUGUGGUUCCUGUGAGAGCUGUGACAGUGAUUUCGAAAACUACUGCCCUAAAUUCAUUCCCACCUACAAUAGCAUAUACCAUGAUGGCACCUUGACCUACGGGGGCUAUUCCAACAUCAUGACGGCGGAUGAGCACUUCAUGGUGGCGAUUCCCGACAGUCUGCCGCUCGAUGCGGUGGCUCCACUCCUAUGUGCUGGGGCCACUGUCUACAGUCCAUUGAAGUACUAUGGACUUGAUAAGCCCGGGCUUCAUCUCGGUGUGGUCGGGCUCGGUGGAUUGGGCCACAUUGCCGUCAAGUUUGCCAAGGCCAUGGGCCUCAAGGUGACUGUCAUCGAUAUCUGCCCCGAGAAAGAGCAGUAUGCCAUGGAGCGCCUCGGAGCUGACGCAUUCAUGCUUAGUCAAGACAAUGAACAAAUGCAGUCCGCUAUGGCCACAAUGGAUGGUAUCAUCGAUACAGUCCCGGUAGUUCAUCCUCUCCUACCUUUGAUUCGUCUGGUGAAGAGCCAUGGCAAGCUACUUAUGGUUGGUAUACCGGACAAGCCACUCCAGUUACCCGCCUUCCCACUGCUCUCGGGUCGGAAGCUUGUCGGGGGGAGUUUGAUGGGUGGGCUGAAGGAGACACAAGAGAUGAUAAAUUUCGCUGCAAAGCACAACAUCACGUCGGACAUCGAAGUUAUUAAGAUGGACUAUGUAAACACCGCAAUGGAGAGACUUGAAAAGGCGGACGUCAGAUUCCGAUUCGUGAUAGACAUUGGGAACUCAUUUAACUCUACUGCCUGAGAAGAUCCAACGUGUCACAAGUAAAACUAUAUAAAAUUAUCAUAUUAGCAUAUUAUUCGAACUUUUAUUUUUAGGGAGUUAUUAUUGGAUAAUUUUAAUUAUUAGCGGUAUGUAUGGCACGUGCAUUGCACGUUUUCAAUAACUUUAUAAGAUAUCCAUUUAAAUGGGUUGUUGCUUC